AUGUCUAUCCGGGAGGUAUCUGACUGGGACGAUCAAGUGAACUUGUUGAAUAUCUACGGCCCAGCUGAAUGCUCUGGUCCCAAUUGGAGCGGUUGGGAGCUGGUUAUUGGGGGUCCUACGGUUGGCCGUGGGUACAUCAACAACUCUGCUGCGAGUGCAGCGGCGUUUAUUACUAGUCCUCCCCCGUGGCUACGAGAAUUCCGUAAGGAUACCGAAGAUACCCGUCUCUAUAAGACGGGUGAUCUCGUGCAACUUAGUGACGUUGGAUCCCUCCGCUUCCUCGGCCGGAAGGACUUUCAAGUCAAGAUCGCGGACAACGUGUGGAGAUUGGUGGUAUUGAGAGCACAAUCCAGCAAUUGUUUCCGCUGGCAAAGGCAGUGGCUGUCGAGCUUGUGGAAAAUGGAGGAGUGA